CAUUGCAUCCAUAAGAUAGAUAUUACAAGGAUAAUUAAUUUAUAUAUAUAUAAAUAAAUAUCUAUCGAUCUAAACCUUCAGUCUACCAACGGACUGCAGCAGAAUCAACUUCAGUGAUCUUGUGAAACGUAGUAUUAGAAUUGUGAACUUACUAAAUUUAAAAAAAAAAAAUGAAUUGGCAGGUGAUUAUUAUAGUUUUAGGUUGUGUGGUAAAUUUUGUUUAUCCUACAUACUUAUAUGAUAAUGAAAAAUUAAUUAGAGUGAGGAAGCCUGAAGAAGCAAAAGGAAGAAAAUAUUUUAUUGACUUUAUUGGAUUGGCUCAAAAAUUUAAUUAUACUGCGGAACAGCAUAAAGUGAUUACGGAAGAUGGCUAUAUUCUAGAAAUAUUUAGAAUUCCUCCAAGUCCAACAUUCUCUCAACAAAGUGAUAAGAAAGUGGUACUUAUUCAAAAUGGUUUUGUAGCAUCAUCUGAUACAUGGGCAUUGAUGAAAAGAUCUAUGGCUUAUGUGUUAGCUGAUGCUGGAUAUGAUGUUUGGGUUGGGAAUUAUAGAGGAAAUGUUUAUGGUCGUUCACACCAGACAUUGUCUCCAAAAGAAUCAUUAUUUUGGAAUUAUACUUGGCAUGAAAUUGGUGCAUUAGAUUAUGCAGCUACAAUUGAUUAUAUUCUCGAAAAAACCAAUAAAUCUAAUCUUACAUUGGUUGGCCAUUCGAUGGGAGGAACUGCCAGUUUAGUAUUAUUAUCUGAUCGACCUAAAUAUAAUAAAAAAAUUAAUUUGUUAAUAGCGUUAGCACCAGGGUUUUUUUGGAAAAAAACGUAUCUGCUUAGAAUUCUUUUUCAAAAAGUAGUAUGCACUUUAAAGGACAUAGUAGACCCAGAAGGAUAUUCCGAAUUAUUGCCACUGAGCUCACUUCCUCUAGACUUUCUUAAUAAUUUCUGCAAGAAGAAUAAUAUCUUACAACUAUGCAUUGAUGCUCUAAGUUUAUUUAUACGUGCUGAAUAUAAUGCAAUCAAUAAGUCUGAUCUAUUCACAUUCUUCAAUUACUAUCCAGCAGGAAUUUCAACUAAAACGAUCGCACACUUUUGUCAGUUAUCAAAGAGAAGAAGAUUCGCUCUAUAUGAUUAUGGAUCUAAAAAUCCAGAGCACUACGGUCAAGUUGAUUCACCUGAAUAUAACUGGAAUAACAUCGUAACAAAAACGUAUAUAUUUUAUUCUGAUAGAGAUUUAAUUUUCGAUGGAGUUGAUGCUGAAUUAUUAGCCAGUUUUAUGUCUAACAAUCCUAUGAUUAAAAGAGUCGCAUCUUCUUCAUUUACGCAUUUAGAUUUCAUAAUAGGCAUUGAUGUUAAAGCUUUACUCUAUGAUAAAAUUUCUGAAAUAAUUGCUAAUAAUUGAAACUGAAAUUUUAUUAGUUAAUCCAAUGAUUGAACAUUUUGUGUAAACCACAGAAGAUUUCAUGUCAUCGAUAUAUUCAAUUCCAUUAUAAAUACUUCUGACCAUUCAUUAUUUAAAAUUUCAUAAAUCAGUCAAUGCCGUUUCCUAGCUAUCAUUAACUAUAUCGAAGUCACUCUACUAAAAAAUAGAAAAGUGUAAAAACGGUAGUUGAUAAUCAUUAUUAACAGAAAAAAAUAUUGUCAUGACCUUUAUUCUGUUAACAGUUUUAUUACAUAAAUUUCUUUUUAUAUUUGAGAUGAGAAGUAUGUGAAUAUUUAUGAGUCCUUGAAGAUUUACAGAAUACUUGUUAUAGUUUGCCAAACAGAUUCGUAUUAAAGCAUCUUCUCUAUAAAUAGAUUAUAUUGAUGAAUUUUUUAAGAAAAUCUAUGUCUUUAACUACGAUGUAACUACUGUUCUACAAAUACGCUAUUUUUGUAUAAAUAAUUAAUUUUUAAGAAGAAGAACUUUAUAAGAAACUACUCUUAUUAGUUUCUACAUACAAAAAUUAUUAUUUUCCAUUA